CAAGGGGAAUGACUUAAAAACAUGUUCCUCAGCGCAGAAAAAAACUACUGCUAUUUUUAGCUGAGCUCUCGAAUCUGGCAGAAAUACAGUUUUGAGGCUCCAGCCAUCAUUAAAGCACACAUAUUAUAAGAUAUUUUAUUGACAGCAAUGGUCUCAAGGAUACUUCAUCGUUGGUUUGCUAGAAAAGUCUUCUUGAAGACUAAAAGAAACUUGCAACCAGAUAAGAUACAGCCAGUCAACAAGACUUAUGGGAUUCAGCAAUCCUGUGCAUUCCACAAUGAUUACCCACCCAUGACACCAACCCUCACUAAUAGCUAUGUCCACGGAACAUGCAACAUGCCGCUCAUAGCAAAGACUGUAGGGGAAUGUCUGGAGGAAACUACCAGCAAGUAUCCAGAUCGAGAAGCUAUGGUGUUUGACAGAGAUGGGAUCAGAAAGACAUUUGCACAGUUUAAUGAAGAGGUGGACCAGUUGGCAGCAGGACUAUUAGGUAUCGGUCUUAAGAAGGGGGACUGCCUGGGAAUGUGGGGUCCAAGCAAUUAUGGAUGGCUCUUAAUGCAGUUUGCAACAGCUAAAGCCGGGAUUAUCUUGGUCACAGUAAACCCAGCGUAUCAGGCUCAAGAACUGGAGUAUGUUCUGAGAAAGGUUGGAUGCAAAGCCCUGGUAUUUCCAUCUCAGUUUAAAACCCAGAAGUACUAUGAGCUGCUACUGAAGGCCUGCCCAGAGGUGGAGACUUCCAGUCCAGGAAGCAUUAAGAGUGCAAAGUUGCCAGAACUGAGAACAGUAAUUGUGCUGGACAGUAAACCUCCAGGUGCAUUUCAUUUGGAUGAAGUAAUGCAGGCUGGAAGCACAAGUUAUGUCCAACAGCUUCAGGAGCUACAGAAAACACUGUCCUUCGAUGACCCAAUCUGUGUUCAGUUCACCUCUGGAACUACUGGAAGUCCAAAGGGGGCAACUCUGUCACACCAUAACAUUGUAAAUAAUAUACGUGUUAUAGGCUACAGACUUGGGUUCGACUGGAGGGAUACCCGAAUAUGUGUACCAGUUCCUAUGUACCACUGUUUUGGAUCAGUAGGUGGAGGCCUCGCCAUGGCAACAUUUGGUAGCACUAUUGUCUUCCCAUCUCCAUCGUUUGAGGGGAAAGCUGUAAUAGAAACUAUCCAUAAAGAAAAGUGUACUGUCAUAUAUGGCACCCCAACAAUGUACAUUGAUAUGCUGUCACAGCCAGACUUCUCCAAUUAUGACAUGUCAAGUGUGGAAACAGGGAUUAUUGCAGCAGCACCAAUUCCAGUUGAAUUAUUUAAGGACAUCAUGGCCAAGAUGCAUUGCCCAGAACUUAUAGCUCUCUAUGGAACAACAGAAAACAGCCCUUCAACAUUUGCUGGAUUUCCACAUGAUAGCUUUGAAAGAAAAACAGGGACAGUUGGAUAUAUUCUUCCACAUACAGAGGCUAAAGUUGUGGAUACGGUGACAAAACUUACGGUACCUGUAAACACGAAAGGGGAAGUGUACAUUCGUGGCUACUGUGUCAUGCUGGGAUACUGGGCUGACCCAGAGAAAACUAAACAGGCUAUAUCUAAUGAUCGAUGGUACAAAACAGGAGAUCUAGCAACCAUGGAUGAGUAUGGGUACCUCAAGAUUGUGGGCCGCUGUAGUGAUAUGAUUAUCCGAGGAGGAGAGAACAUCUACCCUGCUGAGAUUGAGCAAUUUCUGCACACACAUCCCAAGAUCCAAGAGGCACAGGUAAUUGGAGUAAAGGAUGAAAGAAUGGGGGAAGAGGUCUGUGCUUGUCUACGCCUGAAGCAAGGACAAGAGAUCACACCAGAAGAGAUAAAGGCAUUCUGUAAAGGCCAGAUAUCUCACUUUAAGGUUCCACGAUACAUUGUAACUGUGAAUAGCUACCCGUUAACUGUUUCUGGGAAGAUUCAGAAAUACAAACUGAGAGAGGAAAUGGAGAAACGGCUCAGACUGUGAAAGUUUCUAACAACGUCAUGCAAAUUGCCAGCAAGUGAAAAGAGGAACAUUCUGGAAGAGUGUGACAUUAUACUUCUGCAUAUGGAUGUGUAUGGCAUAUGGAGUGCUCAAACUUUUCCUCCAAUUACUAUUUUGGUGCAUUUUGUGUCUUCCUUUACCUCAAUACCAUUUCAUUUCAUGUACACUGUAUCCACAGUAAAUACAAGUUACUAUGAAUAUUAAAGAUAUCUGUUAUGAAGUCUAA